AAUAAUUUAUAAAAACAAUGGCGGCUGUUUACGCAGUUGUCAUUAAAACACUUAAUUUGAAUUUUCUGUUCGUAUACAGUCGAUAGCAGAAUACUAGAAGAAGAGAAUGGAAGAAUUAUGUUUUGUGAGUUGAACCAUCAAAAAAGUCAAUAAGUGAAACAAAAAAAAUGGCAUGGAAAAGUUUUUCUCCUGGGCACAGUAUGUGCUUUGCAUUCCUGUUAUAUCUUGGAUGUUUGUUUGCCUCAGCUGCAGAAAUAGGAAAGAAAGUGGAACUAAGAGCUAACCGAGAAAACCUGAAGUUGUCUGAGGCAAGUCUGAAACCACAACAGAUACAUAUCAGUUUAGGUGACACGGCAACAGACAUGACUAUAAUGUGGGCUACAAGAGCACAUGAUAUAUCCGUCGUUGAGUAUCACACUGGGGAUAGACAGAAAGCUGUUAAAGUUGAAGGUGAAACAAUGAAACUUGAGACAACUAAUGAAGAUGGAGCAAAAUACUUGCAUAGAGUCUGCUUAAAAGGUUUGCAGUCUCAAGUUAAAUACUAUUACAAUGUUCAUGGUGAGAGUAUGGACACUUUAAGUGAUCAGUUUAGUUUCACAAUGCCUCCAGUGAUGGCAGGUAACACGCAUUCCUUCAUGGUGUAUGGUGAUUUGGGCACUGAAACACAUAAUAUACAGUUUUUGCUUCAGGAAGCAUUGAAUGAAAAAUAUGAAGCAGUGUUCCAUAUCGGUGAUAUAGCAUAUGACUUGAACAGAGGACAGGGACAAAUAGGUGAUAAAUUUUUACAAAAGAUUGAAAAAGUUGCUGCUAGAACUCCUUAUAUGACUGUACCAGGAGAUCAUGAACGUUAUGAUGAGUUUUUGCAUUAUCGCUACAGAUUUUCAAUGCCAAACUUGCCAUGGCCAAUGCCGUCCGACAAUUUAUGGUACAGUUUAGAUGUUGGACCUAUUCAUUUUGUGUUAUAUUCAACGGAAGUUUUUUUCUAUGAUGAAGUUAAUAUUGAAAAAAUGCUUGUAUGGUUAAAAGCAGAUUUAGACAAAGCUAACACUCAACGUUCAGCUCGACCUUGGAUAAUUGCAAUGGGUCACAGGCCUAUGUAUUGCUCAGUAGAUAAUUUCCAUGAAGAUUGUAAACGUGAUCAUUCUAUUGUAAGAACAUCAUUGGAAGAUGUGUUUUAUGCUGAAGGUGUAGAUUUGAUUAUCUCUGGCCAUGAACAUUACUAUGAACGAACUUGGCCAGUUUAUAACAAGAAAGCUGUGCAGUACAACUACAGGGAGCCAGCUGCUCCCAUACACAUCACUAUAGGAACACUGGGCUCUGUGUACAUGACAGACAAGAGUACAAAUGUAGGUGGUCAGUGGUCAGCCUUUGUCUUGUCUGAGACGGGGAAAGAAUCUUUUGGACGCUUGAAAGUUUUCAAUGCUACACAUCUUCACUGGGAAGUCAGAGAAUGUUCAAAUAAUAAACUUGUUGAUCAAAUUUGGAUAAUUCAGCCAUAUCAUAGACCAUUUAACUUACCUAGAGUGUUUAUUCCGAACCCUUUAGGAGAGAUGGGUGAAAAAUGGUUAGAGAAUGAAAACUCUCUUGGCCUAGAAUCAUUCCUAGGAUUGAGUGGUUCACAUUAUGGAGAUGACUAUCAAACUAAACUAACUGUACUUUGUAGUGUGUUUGUGAUAUGUUUGCUUGGCUUAAUGCUACGUAAAAAAGUGCUCGGAUUUAUCAGAUUGUGUUGUUUAAAACAAGAACCAUGUAACAAACUAAAAUCUGCUGUACAUAAUAAUGUUGGAGCUAAUGUGUGAUUUUGUUCCAGCUCCUAUUAACCUGUUAUUUCUUGUACAUUAUUACUUGUUUAUGAACUUGGUAAUCAGUUACUUAUACUAAUUAGAAUGUGGAAGAGCUUUAAUUUACACAUAGAAUUGAAGAUGUUACUUGUGUUCAUUUAACAUUACUGUUUUUAUAUAUAUAUACUGUAGGUGGAAAAGAGUUUAUUUAAAAAAAAAACAACAACAUACAUGUAUUUAUUAUUGUUGUAUAGAUAUAUGAAAGCUAUAAACCUAACAGACUCUUUUUAUGCAUCCAGAGAUGUGUCUAAGGACACACAUUUGUUAAAUUGUAUUAUAACAGUAUUGUGUUGUCAUCAGUCACGUUGUCUGUCUGUUUGUAAACAAUUGCAAUAUUGGAAUUUGGAUAACUUAAAACAGCAUGCCUCCAGAUACAUUGUAAAUUAAAACAGCAUGCCUCCAGAUUCAUUCUAAUUUUCAUGAAAUUUUUGAAAAUGUAUUUGAAUGUAUAAUAUUGUGAAGUAACCAAAAGGAAGUAAUAUACACAUUAUCAGUGGCGCUUACAACCCGCGUUAAUCAUCAAAAAGUGGUCAAAAUAUACAUGACUAGCCCUUACUGUGUAAGUAACGCAGUAGAAAUAAAGUUGUAUAGUUGUCAUUAAUCACACAUAAAAUGUAAAAUAUUUCCUAAAAUUCUAGUACAUUUUUCUCAAGUUUGAUUUUAUUGAGAUGUUUUGACUUAUCUAGAGGCAUGGAGCUUUAAAGGAUUUCAAUGAAUGUGUUUAUGUUGAUUUUGUUAAAUUCUUGUUUCUACAUGACAACUUUUGAAGGAUUCUGCUUGUAUUUGGUAUGUCAAUGAUAAUGUUGUAUAAUAUCUUAAAUGAAGUUCUAUUUUCUACACAGUCAACAGUAGAGUUAAUGCCCCUAAUAAUGCAAAAUUUUCUGUGAAAUUAUUGCUUGCCUAGGUUUUUGCAGUACAUGUGCCUUUUGAAAGAUUAUAACUACUAAUUAUGUCCUUUGAAGGCAAUUUUUGAAAUAAUUGAUCUUGAUCUUGGAACAGUUUUAGUGUUUUUGUUUAAUUUUUUGUUCAGAGAAAAUGAAAUCAAGUUAGAUAAAUUAUCUUUUAUCUCUAAAUAUUUUAAAAAUAAUGAUACAAACUACUGUAUUUUUUGUGCUUUUUGAAAGAUUAUAUGUAAGGAUAACAUUUCAGUACAAUGUACUGUAGAUAUUUUAAAUUUAAUACACAUCAUCUGUGUUAUUUACAAUGUCUACAAAUGUAGUAAAUUUGCUGUCUAUCAUUUAAAUGUAUUUUUGUCUUUACACUAUGUCUAUGCUCGUAAAUUUGCCAUUGGGCAUACAGUAUAUUGUCCUGCUUCAGUAGAGCUCUUGUAUUGAAAUCACACCAGAUAGAGCUUUUAUAUUUGGUAUAUACAUGUAAUAUUAUCUGUAGGUCCUCCCAGUGGGUCAUUGGUUUUCCUUAUAUAUAUUUAGUAAAAUCUUCUUCUUUGAGUUGACAAAGGCUAGAGGUAAGAUAUUUGGCAUGGAAUAAUUGUGAAGUAGACCUACUCCGAGAUUGUUCAAAUCAUAGGCUUAGCCCUGGGAUCAAAAUUGGCCAUACCCAGGGGGGUGGGGUCUUUGAUUUUCAUUAUGUACAGAAUGUAAAAACAUAAAAAAAUCCUCAUGUCUGAAGGGAAACAAUUUAUAUUUGAAUGUCUUUUAUACAUGGUAUUCAAAUUUUUUAUAACAAGUGUAUAGAAACAAAAAAUCUACUGUACUUCUGUUAUAUUAAUGCAGUGGCAUAGCAUUUUUUUCACAAUUUUUUUUCUGUCUUAUAAUGUUUAUAGUUGUUAUUUUCACUGAUAUGUUCAGGCUCUAUGGUGAUAAUGUGACAAAUUGUUAAUAUUGUAAAUAUUUGUUAACAAGGAAUGUAUUUAUAUACAGAAAUAGA